AUGGUUCCAGAAGAAGCGCGUCUGAACGUGAUCAUCGUCGGAGCCGGUCUCAGCGGUAUCGCGACUGCCAUCUCCUCCGCUCUGGUCGGACACUCGGUCACGGUCAUCGAGCAAGCAAAGGAGCUCGCUGAGGUUGGAGCCGGUCUGCAAAUCACUCCGAAUGCUUCACGGUUAUUGAAGUAUUGGGACCUCCCCGCUUCUCUGUGGGAAGCUGCUGCGGAGCCUACCAAGUUGACUGUGCACCGGUACUCGGGUCAGGUUCUGGCUCACGACGCUGCAUUUGACAAGGGCAUUCGAGCGAAAUAUGAUGCGCCUUUUGUGGACUUGCACCGGGUAGAUCUCCAGCAGGCGUUGUAUGCACGGGCAAAGGAGUUGGGUGUUACUUUCCAUCUUGGGGAGAGAAUUGAGCGCAUUGAUUUUGAUUCUACCGUUGUGCACUCUGUUGCUGGGAAGCAGUUUUCGGGUGAUCUUAUUAUUGCUGCUGAUGGGCUGUGGUCCAAGUGUCGGGAGGCGUUCGUUGGGAAGAAAGAUGAGCCACUUCCGACUGGUGAUCUUGCUUACCGGAUUGUUUUGACUGCGGAUGAGAUUACGGAUCCGGACCUGAAGUCGCUUGUUCAGAACCCAGAAGUUCAUUUCUGGAUUGGACCUGGUGCCCAUGCUGUUGGUUAUUCGCUUCGAGGAGGACAGAUGUACAACAUUGUCUUGCUGGUUCCGGACAACUUGCCCCCGGGAGUCGCGAAGCAGGCGGGAUCUGUGGAGGAGAUGCGUGAGAUUUUUGUUGGCUGGGAUCCAAUCCUGAACAAGUUCCUGACAUAUGUGAACACCACAAUCGACAAGUGGAAGUUGAUGCACCAUGGUGAAAUGGAGAAUUGGGUCAACGACAAGUCAAACCUUGUCUUCAUUGGCGAUUCCUGUCAUCCAAUGCUCCCAUACCUGGCACAAGGUGCCAACUCAUCCCUAGAAGAUGGCGCAGUUCUUGGCCUCCUCCUCGGACAUAUGACAGAUAAGGCGCAAUUGCCCCGCAUUCUAAGACUAUACGAGAGCCUCCGCAAAAGCAGAGGAGAGGCUAUUGUGCGGGAAACCUUUAAGCAGCGUCAUGACUUCCACAUGCAUGAUGGAGAAGAGCAACAGAAGCGUGAUGAGGUUUUCCUUUCACAGCUUGGCAAGGAGCUCAAGGGCGCAUUCCCCAGUCGAUGGACAUGCCCAGAAGUCCAGCCCUGGCUGUAUGGCUACGAUGCUAUCAAGGAGGUUGAGAAGGCCGUGUCUCAGAACCCAGAGUUGUUCUCCCAGUCUUCUAAGAACCCACAGUCAUUCUGUGACAUUUUAUAA